AAUUGAUCACAGAAAACAGGUCUAAUAGACACCUUUGAACAGCCUGCUCUUCUAGACCGAACAAGGAGGGAAGGAAACGGUAGUGGAGUGACAUCUACAGCAGUCUGAUCAUCACAGGCUCUCUUUGUUGUUGGACUAGGGGCUUUUUGCGCAGUCUUUUUGGCCCUUUCCCUACUUUGCUCAUUUGGCACUCUUUGCAGCUUGCCCCGGAUUGUUGAACCACUCUGCUGCUCAGUGAGAGGGACGAAGAGACAUCACGAUGUCUACAAUGAUACCGUCAUCAAAGCCACCGUCGGAAUCGGUGGCCAGGAGCCUGGAGAACCUGUCGCUCCUGGAGAAUGUGUUUGAGAAGCUGUACUCGUUAUUGCCGAUUGAAUCGGACAAGACGUUGAUUGAGGUUGAAGAAUGCCAACUCUUUCUCAGCGUACGCAAGUCACUCGUGGCCAUGUCGUCGUCAGAGUUGAUGAGUGGCAUUGUGCACCACGUUACUGGAUUGCUGGAGAGGAUUAACCAGCACGACAACUAUCUGGUUCUAAGACAGAGAGAGGUGUCCAGUUUGGCAUCGAUGCUGAUCAUUCUGCGGUUGCUUGCGGACUUGAUGAAGUCCAACUGGGACUCAAAGGACACGCCGGUACGGAAGAACUCAGUGGGGUCCUCCCACUCAGCGCAGUCGUCGUCGUCAAGCGGCACAGCCGUUGGACUGGGCAGCGCAGCCAUUGACUACCAUUCUGUCCCACCAGACAAGAUCGAUUCACAGGUUGCCCUAAGGGCAAUCCUUCUCGUAUCGAGGCUCAAAUCAACAAACACACUGGCACAAGAGUUGUCAUUGAUAAACGGGAAACCAUUACCGUUACCACCGUUAUGCGAGGAUGUCGCUGUCAGAACACACCUUGACGCAAUUGAUCUGAACUGUGAAGCAAUCUUGAGAUAUCUCGGUGCAGCUAACGUUCGUGACUUCUAUGAGUUCACAGUCUCAAAGCUAUCCGUGUUGAAGCAUAACAUUGGUAACGAUAGCGAGUUUGCUCCUUACCUGGAGCUCUUUGCCUCGGUUUACUUGGACGAACAGUGGUUCUAUCUCUACUUGAAGCAUAUCAGACACAUCAUGACAACGGUUCGGAAGCCAGCAUAUCGUCAGCUAGUGCUGUCGUUCUUCACCAAGUCGCUAAAGAUUUGGAUCUAUUCGAGGCCCCAGGAGUUCUUGAACUCUUCAAAGGAGGAUUCGAAGGCAUCCACUGAAGCAGAAACACUCUUUGACGAGAUGCUCUCCUUGCCAGACUCCACGUUGACGAAAACGGGCCAGAAUCAAAGUGCAGGGAAACAAUUUAGAUCCCAUUUCAAGUUCAUUGGAACUUUGAUGGCAUUGAACCCACGAGCCUUACAGGGAUACCUUGAAGGAUCAACACCCUCUAAGAACAGCACGCUGAAGAAGUUUACAAACUUCGGCACCAAUAAGAAGCAGAAGUUCCUGACGAAUGUCAUGAAAGUGCUGGAGCAAUCUCAAUUGAAGGACAGUUCCGAUAACGUGUCGAUGCUCGAAUCCCUGGACUUUGUUGUGGCAAUUGCCCAGGUUGCAUCUUCCAUUUACGCCUAUGACCCAAACAACGUUGCAGUGCAGUAUACGUUAGAGACGUAUCACAUUGUCUCCAGGGUUCUCGUGCCAAUCAACAUCACCAAGUCUUCACCAACGUUGUUCAACCCUUCAACUGUGGAAUCUGCGUUUUUGAACCAUACAAGAAUGGACUAUUAUACAAGCAUGUGCAUUAUGAAUUCAAAGACCUUCAUCCCUAUCCUGGUGGACAUACUGAACGACCAAUCUUGCCAGUUGGAUACACUGAACAUCACUUGUUCCAUUCUGAGACAAUUCUCUGUCAAUCCCGUGUGGCUGGGUGCUCACCAGAGCCAGCUGUCCGCAAUGCUGCCAUCUUUGAGGAAAGUGAUGAUCAGAAUGGGGGCAUUGGUGAAAUCAAACUCGUUUAAUGCUUCUACGCUAAAUGACGAUGACGAGACAGCUAGUUUGGGCAAAGUUUCAAGCGCAUCGAGUACUGACAACUAUCAGUACAGAUCAUUGAUUGCUUCAGAGGCCAAGACUCCAAUCCCUGGGGACUUGUCGAGACUGGGCUCAAACUCAUCUUCAGCGUUGUCCACACCUACUGCAAAAGCAGAUAAGUUCAGAGAGUCUGCUAAGAACUUGUUGAAACAUCAUCACUCAGCGAACCAUGUAUCCUCUAUGCAUGCGAAUAGUUACUCUUCUGACGACACAAAGUCGUUAACUGAUAAAGACACCAAUGCGUUAUCUGUUCCUAGACAGAUACUGUUGAAUGGUUUUGAUAUCUUCAAGAAGAACCCACACUCUUACUUCUUCGCCAGUGGCGAGGUUUGUUCUCAGGUGGAGUUGAUAACCCUUGUUGAGAAUGCAUCGUUGUUCUUAGAUCCUCUUGUCAUUGCCCUGAGGGAUUCCAAUAACAAGUUGUCAUUUGCUGCUAAGCAGUUCAUCCAGAGCUUUGUCUCUGUGACGACAAUCUCAGAUAACCACGAGGCAGUGGCUAGCAGUUAUACAGGUGCUGCCUUGAUUGGAAACGUUAUUGCUCGAUCAAUCUUGAACCUGAGCUCCUCGGUGAACACAAGAAAGCACAUCAUGGAACACUUUGUCAGGAUUUUAGAGUACAGAACUAACUUGUACAGCUUGCUGGUCCAUCAUUCGUCAUUCAAAGAUAUUAUCAAAUGGGAAUAUGACAUCUACACGGAGCUGAUGUCUCCCAUUGACCAGGCACUCUUGUUCAUUCUCUGCAUUCCAAGUGUGGAAACAUACGGAUUGACAAAGAAGGGUUACAAGGCAUUCUAUCAGGAACUCGACAAGAGUAAAUCACCGGAGGUGAUACGAUCCAAUUUCGCCUUCUAUGCUUCCGUGAUGAACGACAGCACCUUCACCACCGGUACAGUUGCUCUACAGAAGGUGACUCGUAAGUUCUUCCUCAAGCUAACAGAUCCCACGCCGUCACUCAUCGCUGCAUGGCUGAAAAUAUAUGAUAAAUGGCGUCAAUUUGCACUGGUGGAUUACAACGAAUUGACCCAGACGGAACUGGCAAACUUCAGAAACUUUGCAGCAUUCAUUGCAGCCAUAUCGGGUAUCUUUUGUGAUGAGGAGAUCGCCUGCCAACCCUGGUACACGCCAGAGAUCCGUUCCGAUAUCAGAGACAAGAUAGACACCUUCAUCGACCACCAGUUUUCCUUGCUACGUGAAGACGGCUUGGUGACAAGAGAGAAUGCCAGAGAGAUUCUCGCAGUUGAGUGCAAUCCUAAAACUUAUCCACGGAUGGUUCGUCUCUUGACACCUGUUGUUGAGACGUUAUACACCAACUCUAGCACUCUAGCCGAGAGGGAUUUGACCAUCAUUGACCAUAUCAUUGCGCUGAUCAAGGCUGUUUUGAACAAGGGUAGCGAUCUCGUUAUCUUUGGAUGCUCCAUUGAUAUACUCCAGGCUGUUGACCAGCUAUCUGCUAUUGUGGACGCCAUGAAGACUUCUGACACUAUUCUGAAGCUAAAAAUCAGACUGUCCAUGCUGUUUGCAGAGGUUGAGAAGAGUAGAAGCCAGCUCAUCACGGGAAGCGCAUACAAGAUCAGAAACAAGUUUCUCAGAUACGUUUACAAUUGGUUCGACGAUUCCGUCUCCAGCAUGUCAAAGUUCCAUAAGCAGACUCUUGCUGCUACGGUAUCAAAGGACUGGGAUUAUAUGUAUCUGGAUAUUGCCAUUGAGAGUUCGAACGCUCUGUCUCUAGCUCUCGAAGACCUUGUCUUGGAGGCCCAGCAAGUGCUGAAUAUCCGUGAGUUGCAAUACUCAAAGUCAAGUCUCUUUAGCAUUUAUUUCAGAACGUUUUUGAAAGCAUUGGAGAGAUUCAGCGUUACCGAAGACUUCCCUGUUUCCAUGAGACAUAAAGUGAAGACAACGUCCGACAAUAUUGUUGUUUGUCUAACGAACUUACUGAAGUCAAAUGUUGAUGUUGGUCUCCAGUAUGCCCUUCCAAUUGGUUACUACAAUAACCUGGCGAUAAGAGUCUCCUUUUUGAAGGUGUUCAUCAGCAUUGUCAACAGUUAUUCGAAAUUGGGGCAAAAUGAAACACCUCAGUGCAAGGCUCGUAUGGUGUCCAAUAUCUUCAACUUGAUGUUGAAACACCCCAAGUUCAUGAAUGCUCUGGGGAACGCUGCUCCAGCGUUUGAGGCUCCAGCCUUUGCGUCGUGUGCGCUUUGCCUGUCGAACAGCAUGAACCAGAGUGCAAAUUUGAUCUCGUACUUGGUGGAGCAGGAGAUCAUGGCAGCCACAAGCUACUCAGAUAUUUUGAGAAGGAACAGUUUUGCCAGUCGUUCAUUGGCAGCCUUUGGUCGUACAGUUGGGCUGGAGACUCUCGUGACAACGCUGAGACCCAUACUGACUGAGAUCAGGGACUCAGAGACGGACAUUGAAGUGGAAAAGCUAUCACUUGAGGAUCCAGACGGCCAGCAAAACCUGAAGAAUUUCAUGCAUUACCUUACCAAGUUGGUCAACGUUAUCAUCAACUCAUUCGACAAUAUUCCGUUGGAGUUCAAGUUUGUGUGUAAGAAGAUUUCUGAAGCUGUCGAUGAAAAGUUUGCCAACUCGAGAUUGAUUGCUGUUGGAUCAUUCAUCUUCUUGAGAUACUUCUGUCCGGCUAUUGUCAGUCCUGCUACCGAGAAGAUUGUCAUUGUUCCCGACCGUCAGACCCAGAGAAAGUAUCUUCUCUUAACAAAGGUCUUACAGAACAUGGCCAACGGCACCAUUACCAGUCUAAAGUGGCCCUUGCUCAGAACUAGGGAAGCGGAACUUUUAGAGCUCAACUCCAAGCUGAAUGACUUCCUGGAUAGGCUCACCCACGUUGACGACGACGUGAGCUUCGAGUUCAAAGUCCCAAGUGAUAUGAAACAAGGUGACUACAAUUUCCUGCACACGUUUAUGUAUGAGAAUUGGAGUCUCAUCAGGAAAGAGUUCUUGGAAACCGUUUCGGGUGCAUCUGACUUGGAGUACUUCAGAACAAUAGCAGGGCAGAUUGACCAGUUUCUCAGAUCUGCUGGCCAACCUACGAUGAUGUUUGGAUACGAGCUACCACCAUCCAUUACACCCGAAGCGAACCCGGAUCUCUAUGAUUUCAUGAACAAGUAUGCCACGAAAGAGCUCGGCGACCUCUUGGACUACUCCUUCAUUUACCAGAGCUAUAGUCAAGAUGGCACGCCACUGUUGGUUUUCUCUUAUUCCGAAUAUGAACGGGUAAAGGACUUUGACGAGGAGCUCAUUCUGUACAGAAUGAUACAACUUGCGUCUAAGAUUUGGGAUCAUAAGUUCCUCUUCGUGAUUGACUGUACUGGAAACAAUGGUACGACGUUAUUUCCUAGAAGGUCGAUGUUGAUCUUUGGCGACUUUGCCCCCGAUGUAAUGCGGAAUAACUGUGAAUCCGUAAUCUUCUACAACGUCUCCUCUGGGUUAUACCCCAGACUGAUGGAGACCGUGAAGAAGAACCAGUCAUUCCAAAACGUUCCAUCGGACAAGUUCAAGUUCAUCUCUGGCAACUCGGAUCGACAAGCCAUCAUGAACCUGAGCCUCUCCAACCAGGCCAUGCACGCGUAUAGUGAUGUCAGAGUGAACUUCUCAGAUGUUUCAUUGUUCCAGAACGACCAGGGAAGAUUUAUACCAGUGAGCAUGAGAAUUGGUAACGAGUUCUUGCAGAUAUCUCAGACAACACCGCAAAGAGUCAUGCUGAGAGGUAACUUGAAGGAGAUAAGCCUGAAUGAUGUCUACCACCUGGAUAAGAUACAAAGCGUUGCUAUUUCUGAGAAGACGUCAGUGCCCAAUGAAAUUACAAUCACCUUCACAGAUGGUCAGGAGCUGGUGAUCUCGUCGUCGAAAUAUUUGGAGAUUAUGAGGCUUCUGUAUUUCACCAAGAACAGGGCUUACACGUCGAACCAAAAGAGCGACCUCAACCAGGAGUUACAGAAGAAUCCAGAGGACCUGCUUGGUCAGCUGUUCAAUGUCAUUUUCCUAGGACUGACGUCGACAUCGGAUGAGGUGAGAUCGAUCUCUUACAAUCUCUUAGCAGCCUCACAGAAACACUUCCAUCUCGAGUUCAACAGAGAGAUUGUCCAGUUCCCCGAGGUGUACUUCCCAAAGGACAACAAUCCGUUUGUCUUUGAGCUUUCGUCCAUGCUGGCCAAGUCGCUGCCCUCCAUGACCGAUGAGUUCAUCUCUGCUUUCUUCGAUGUGUACAAUGACUCCGUCACUGUACGUCAAAGACACGCUGCCCUGUUAUACGUGUCACCGUGGGUCUACAACAUUUCGGAACACGUUUACAAGGCAGACGCUGAGAAUGGGAGGGACAUUACUUCCAAGAUGAUCUCUGGGUUCUUGAACCUUGCUAGCAAGGAUCCUUUGUUUCUGAGCACCUUGAACUCGUUGGUUUUCCAAAAGAUCUGUUUUGAUGAUGAGUUGAGCGGACUCCUUGUUGACGAAGUUGUGCUGAACGCAAUUGACAGAGUAGCUGAAGGUGCUGAGUGGAAGAGCCUUCUUUCCUGCCUGACCUGCUUCCCAACAAUCGCUAUAUGCGGGCAUGUUGUGAAUAGACUCAAGGGUUUAUCAACCAUACCUUUCCCAAACGCCAAGGGGAAGUACACUCUUGAAUCACAGAGCACAUGGACACAGGCCACGGUGCUGGUGCACAUCGCUGUCUCUUUAUUCUUCGAUUCGUUGCUGUUCACAGAGAUGUUCCUACCUGAUAUCUUCCAUAUCAUCACUCUCCUGAUCGAUGUUGGACCACGGGACUUGAGAAUUGGCUGUCAUCAGUUGCUGUUGAAUGUGUUGUUGAACUUUUUGUCCAAGAAGAGCAUUCCACAGUCGUCUAAGGACGUCAUUGCUUCAAACGUGAGCCAUUUCACUUCCCACAGAUCGAGACUACUGUUUGGGUUGAACCGUGAGAGCCCAGACUCGUUUCCAACGGAAAUCUCAAAGUUCAAUGCUCGGAUUAGUUCGUUGGAGUCACUCGUGGCCUCCUUGUUAGAGGUGAUUGAGGUUGCUGGUGAUAGAGAGGACAAGGCUGUAUGGUUAAGCAGAUGGAACAGAUACGCAGUUGACUCCAUCUGUCGUCAGGACUCCGUUUUGAGAGGAAGAGCUCUGAUCCUGAUUGGUAUCCUUGCUAAGGAAGGCAUUGAGGACAUCAUUGUCAAGUCUAUCAUCAAAUAUAUCCACGGCAUAUGCUCCGAGGAUCUCUCAGAUCCUAAAUCUGUCUAUCUGCUGAUAUGCGCAGUUUUCUCGCUCAAGAAGAUAAGCGAAGGCCUUCUCGUUGAAUCAGAGCUGUUUGGAAGCAUGUUUUGGCUGUCGGUAUUCAUCUCGUACACGAACUUCUGUCCUUUGUUUCAAAGUGGGCUCAAGUUCAUGAUCAAGACCCUUGAAUGCAUGAGUAUCAAGGAGAAAUUCCCAGGGGGUGAGACCAUUGGUACCAUAAUGGCAAUAAAGAGUGAGUUCAGCGAUGAGCUGUUGUUUGCUGAGAGCAGAUGCAAUGUCUACAUCACCGCAGAGAACUUUGACCAGGUGCUGUUGUACUUCAUUAUCAAGGGCUUGCAGCUCUCCUACGCCAAGGCACCGGCCAUCGAUAGCCUAUGCUCGCUCUUUCAGUUCAGGUUCAUGAACGAGGCCAUCAAGGGAGAAGUGCAGGGACACAUGGACAUGGCUCCCCUGUGCUAUAUGCUGAUGUUGUCUAUUCUGAUGAACCCGAAGGACUUCCGUCAAAUCCUGGACGACACGGACCUCUGCGACGACUUCUACGUGCUGAAUGACCAGAUGCAACUGCCAAAGCUUCUUGCUGACUUCCUUCUGUCUGACUCCGACACCUCCAACUUAACCUUGAUCCAAGCUGCAAACUACUUCAGCCAGGGAAACCCCAACGAGAAAACGUGUCUCCGUUUCAUGACCAUCCUGAAGUUCAUCGGACAUAGAAACCCGGCCCUGCUGAUGAAAGUGUACCACAUGGUGAAGAUGAAGAUCCGUGCCAUGAUCUCCUCCAGCACCAUAGAUAGCGACUUGCUAUCCGAGGCUCUCGACGUUGCGGCCAUCGCAGUCACAAUGCCCGAGUACGAGGACGACAGCUCCAUGAGGACCAGCACAGAGGAGUUCCUGCACACGUUCAAGCUGAAGGGCAUCCUCAACUUCAACUUCCUCGCACCGGACGACAUCUCCAACGCAACCUUGGCUGAGCUCAGAAAGUACCCAAGCAUGUCGAUCAUGAAGGGCAUGCUGUGCAAGAUCUCGAAGGAGACCUGACCGUGUCCGUCUGUUCCCCAACACUGUAUUGUUAUACUGCUAUGUAUCGAUGUAUCUAAGUAUGGACAAAUUGAUCUGUAGGGCAUCGGUACGGUGAACGCGAUUUGGACCUUCGCUAACGCUCCAGUAAAUCUCGAAUCACCGCUAUCUUUGCAAUCAACUUGCGCUGCGCGGCCCGUCGGGUAUUGACUUUAAUGCCUGGUCCUUCCAUUUAAUAGGAUGAUAAUUUUUCGAAACUAACGAAAUCAACGCUUAAAUGAGUCUU